AUCUAAUGGUGGAGAAUUCUUCUUUCACAGAUCGGUCCCUUCGACGAGGACGAAGCCGGUAGAGCAAACUCCGGCUGAAAUUUGAGAGAACUCUCGCAGCGGCGGCGCGAAGACGGAAAUGGGGAAGGGACUAGCUGCUUGGACUGUGGCGGCAGCGGCGGUCGCCAUAUUGGUGGGUGUUAAUCGGCGGUAUGGAUGGGACGGGGAGGCGGCGUUGCAAGUCUUCCGGGGGCUCUCGGAAAAGUUAGGCUUUUGGGCAAUCCCACUUUACGUCCUGGCUCACACCCUCACCCUUGCCCUAUGCCUUCCAUAUGCCGUGUUCUUUGAGGCCGGCGCUUCCUUACUCUUCGGCUUCCUCCCUGCUAUCCUUUGCGUUUUCUGGGCCAAGAUCCUGGGCGCCUCCCUCUCCUUCUGGAUUGGACGGGCAGUAUUCAGCAGCUCAAAAUCUGCAAUGGAGUUUGUACGAAGAAACAAAUACUUCAAUCUACUCUCCAAAGGCGUAGAACGCGAUGGCUGGAGAUUUGUUCUUCUGGCUCGCUUUUCACCUGUUCCAUCCUAUGUAAUCAACUACGCUCUGGCCGCCACCAAGGUCCAUUUUUUCAUUGAUUUCCUCCUCCCUACUGUCAUCGGUUGCCUGCCUAUGAUCCUCCAAAAUACUUCUAUCGGCAGCCUUGCUGGUGCCGCUGUGUCUUCAACAACAGGCUCAAAAAAAUCCCAUCUUUUUUCGUACUUGUUUCCUCUUAUUGGGAUAGGAUCCAGCGUUCUGAUAUCGCUGAGAAUUAAAAAAUACUCUUCAGGGAUUGUAGCUGCGGCCGAAUGCGAGUCAUCUUGCUCAAGUGAGAGCAAUGGCUGCGAUGCGAAGAUUGUGGAGUCGUCGUCUGACAAAACGUCUGGGAAUUGAGUAUGGAUGGGCAGAAGCUUUGAUUUCUUGUUCGUCUUCUUGAACUGGAAGUUGUAGGGACAAGUAGACUAAUCUAAUUGCUGAUGGCUGGUUUUGCAUCCUUAGAGAUUUGCUCUUGCCAUGUCUGAUUCUUGUAUCACUUCACUUUCAUGUAACCAAAUGUUGCUGUUAUGGUUACUCGCUGUGAUGCACC